CUUGCCCUGGAGGCUAUCACAGUGCGACCGCAACACUGUCCUAGGCCACACCAUGGCCGGCCCGCUGUGCCUCCUCCUGCUCAGUGCCUCCCUGGCCAGCCUCCUGUCACCCGGGGGAAGUGUGUUCAUCAAACGGGAACAUGCCAACAGCUUCCUGGACAGGGUCAAUUCAUUAUCUGAAGAGACAAAAAGAGAAGACCUUGAAAGUGAGUGUGUGGAAGAGACUUGCCACUACGAAGAGAUCCGAGAAGUCUUUGAGGACACGGAGAAGACGAAUGAAUUCUGGAAUAUAUACAAAGAUGGUGACCAGUGUGAAAGCAAUCCCUGCCUGAAUCAGGGCAGGUGUAAGGACGGCCUUGGGGAAUACACCUGCACUUGUCAGGAAGGAUAUGAAGGCAGAAACUGUGAAUUACCCAUGCGAAAAUUCUGCAGCCGGAACAACGGGGACUGUGACCAGUUCUGCAGAGAGGAGAUCUCCGUGGUGUGUUCUUGCGCCAGCGGGUACAUCCUGGAUGACAACGACAAGUCCUGCAUCUCCACAGAGUCUUAUCCCUGUGGGAAACUCACUCUGCCACAGAGGAGGAGGCCAGGGUCCCUGACCGCCCACAGCAGCGAGGAUCCCCCAGAAGACAGUGGAGACCUGGAUCCCACCAGGAACCCUUUCGAUGGAGACCUGGAUCGAACCACAAACCCUUUCGAUGGAGACCUGGAUACCACCACAAACCCUUUUGAUCUGCCGGGCUUGAAUAACACACAGCCGAGCUCUGCAGAGGAGAACUCACUUGUCAGGAUAGUGGGAGGGAGAGACUGCAAAGAUGGCGAGUGUCCCUGGCAGGCUCAUCUCAUCAAGGAGAACAAUGAAGGCUUCUGUGGAGGCACCAUCCUGAAUGAGUUCUACAUCCUCACUGCUGCUCACUGUCUUGACCAAGCCAAGCUAUUCAAGGUGAGGGUAGGCGAUCGAAACACAGAGAAGGAAGACGGCAAUGAGAUGGUGCACGAGGUGGAGGUGAUUACAAAACACAAAGAGUUUGACAAUAAGACCUUUAACUGUGACAUCGCUCUCCUCAAGCUGAAGACGCCCAUCAAAUUCCGCAUGAACGUGGCCCCUGCUUGCCUGCCAGAGAAGGACUGGGCCGAGUCCACGCUCAUGACUCAGAAAUCGGGCAUCGUGAGCGGCUUCGGGCGCAUCCACGAGAUGGGCCGCACGUCCGUCACCCUCAAGAUGCUGGAGGUGCCCUACGUGGACAGGAACACAUGCAAGCUGUCCACCGGCUUCAGCAUCACCCCAAACAUGUUCUGCGCCGGCUAUGACUCAAAGCUCGAGGAUGCCUGUCAGGGGGACAGCGGGGGUCCCCAUGUCACCCGGUUCAAGGACACCUACUUUAUCACGGGCAUCAUCAGCUGGGGAGAAGGAUGUGCACGGAAAGGAAAGUUCGGGAUCUACACCAAAGUCACCAACUUCCUCAAGUGGAUCGAGAGGUCCAUGAAAAAAACCAAGACCAGGCCCCAGGGUGAGCCGGAGGUCACUGCCACUCCCCUGUCAUUAGAUUAAUGCCCUCCUCCCUCCUCUGUCCCCAAUAUUCCUGGCAGCCAUUGGUGUCUCAUUGUGUGUUAACACGUGCCACUCUGAACAGGCUGAAUCCUGGAGUAAGUUU